ACUUGAUCUAUGGCGGAUUGUGUUGCCUCGCCUUCCCGUGCAUUCGGCCGCUGACCUGCAGCACCCACGCUGCCAUCCGCCUCUUUCCCGGGUAUUCGAGCAGUUCGCCCUCUUAAGUUACCAUCCACUGUUCACAUAUCCGACGUCCCUCGUCCGUGUAAACGUCUAUUGUCUCUCUUUAGCCUCAUUGCUCCGCCGACAGCCUCCUCAUGUCCGCCCUGGAGGUCCCCGAGACCGGGUUGUCUCUCUGCAGAGACAACCACAGCAAUGAUGCCACAGCCAAACCCCCUCAAAUCAUGCGAUUGAACCUCGCGCAGAGCACUCUCGACGAACUCAUCCAAAGCCUUCGGAACGAGCAGACAGCUCGGCUUCGCCUCGGAAAACACCCGUCCCUCCACUACGGCACAAAAUCCCAUUCGUUCCACUCCCGUCCCGAAACGCAUCGCUCCGAGCUCUACACUGGCAGUGCCGCUGAUAAAGAGAACCUAUACUUUUCGGGAGUUUUGAGUCAUAGCUUGGAGGUUCAGAAGGCUAAGGAAGCUACCGCUGCCACGGAUGAGGCAUUGGCCACCCUCGAGCAGAGCUUAAACGCUUUCGAAAGGGGAAAGGGCAAAACACACUUCCUCAAUGCGAGUGACGAUGUGCGAGCUCUCCGGGCGGGUGACAACCGGUCCAGCACCGGCAUACAGGCAGCUCGUCUGGCUCGUGUGCCGGCGAGCAAAGUGGAGCUGGAGAAGGAUCGGCUGCUCACUGCUGCCAAUCGGUCCGUAUCGUCAAGCCCAGCUCUGGGAGUGGCUCGAUCUCCGGGGGGUCCUCUCACCCCCCUCACGCCCACCUCCGCUCCCCUUUCCCAGAACAAAGAUCGGAUCCGCCUCGAGGCCCUCAAGGUCCCCUUCAUUCACCUCCUCGCUAUUCGCGCCGUCUCCGCCCAAUUCCUCGCGCGACAGACCCGUGCCUCCCUUGAAGACUGUGAGACCCUGGCUCGAAAAUACGGGGUGGAGAAUCGAAUCAAUCCGGAGAAGUACGACCUGAGAGACAAAACAUACAAGGAUCUCGAUGUUUGGAAAUUCCCCUACCCGUCUCAGGAAGACCGGCAGGAAGCCAUUGACAAUGCUAUCUCUGCAUUUGAUCGCAUGCGAAUCUCUCGCUCCGACAAGCUCUGGCAAAUGCUGCUGCCAAAGGAGGAACGGGGCAAGGGCAAGUGCCUGUCGCGGCUGGACUUGCGAACAGGCCCCAUCAAGAAGGCCCUGACCCCUCGGAUACAAGUGCAACCAUCCGAUGACAAUGGCAAAGAUGGUUACACCACCGGCCAAGAUACCGACAAAGGCAGUGCAUCGGGCUUCACCCCCAAAGCUGGAGAGCCUACCUCGGUACCCCGGUCGGUGCCUCCCGUGGCUAAGAAGCGGGCUGGUGACAAGGAUACCCCGUUGAAGCGCUCCACGACCAAAGCCAAGACUGCAGCAAAUAGUACAUUGACCGGUCGCGUUACAAAGAAGGCUGAGCGGAAGCCGACGGGCAAACCGGAGACCAAAUUCAAGUCAGCGGAAUUUGUACACGAUUCCGACGAGGACGACACGGAUCUGCAAAAUGUCUCAUCUUCGGAAAAGCCUUCCGCUGAGCCGAACAAGUUGCGACCGCAAACAAAGCCUGCCAGCAAAACAGUCGAUACAACCUCCAACAGGGAACCUUCCCAUGUUCCGACACCCAAGGUGGAGCAGUCGGAUCCUGUAUCUAAAGCUGAACCAUCUCCGCAAGUUGCCAGCAAGCCGCCUGCUGCGAAAAGACCCCCUUCCACGCGGCCGCCCGCCCAGAAAUCUCCUGCGAAGCCGUCGCCGCUCGGAUCCUCGCCACCAACAAACGCUUCCGAUGUUCAAAGUCGCAGCCGUUCUUCCAGCCAGAACAAUUCCUCCAGUUCAUCCUCAUCUCCGCUUAUCACUCAAAUUUCUAAGCCCACCCGACCUCUUCCCGCCGCCCCGACUAUUCGGAAAGUGGCCAAGUCGAAUGGCGUGACCAAGCCGACCGACCCGUCGAAUCCAUUGAAGCGAAAGGCAGAGUUGGAUCGAUUUUCAUCCCAGGCUCCUGGCCAGGGUCGAACUACUGGAGACUUGGAGCAUAAACGGCGACGGGCGGUAAGCAUCUCCAGUGGCAGUACUGGCAGUGCUUCGCCGCCUCUAAGUCGAGAACUCCUCAUCCAGCAGCUGCACGAGAAGUCGCGGAAAUUCAAACAAUUCUACGACAAAUACCGCACGCUUCAUGAAGCAUUGGCGUCGCAAGCGAAACCGUCCCAGGCGGACAUCGACCGUCUGCAGAAACAACAUGUUAAGCUGCAACGAAUGAAGAAGGAAAUCUGGGACGAAGACCGACGGUUGAGGAAUUGACUCUUGACAACCGAACCUGGGGUACCGCAGUGGACUUGAUGUUUUACUUUCUGUCUUGGAUACAAGGUCCGGAAUAUAUACAGCACGGGCCCUCUGUGGCCGUUUAUCGCAUCUGCUGAUUUUGGCACUGUAUGUUGAUUGCAUGACGAAGCAGACUACUACAUUGCUUCGAGGGCGUUUGCGAUGCUUAAUGUUUUCCCUUGCAUGGUUUUGAUGUUUUCCUUAUAUCUUUUUUUUUUCUUUUUUCUUUUUCCUUUGUUUCCUUUGUCUU